AAUUGAACCACAAUAGAUUAACUCACAGACGUCUGUCAGCUUUUUUUUUUUUAAAGAAUUGCUCAAGAAUUAACAUGGAGAACGUUGAUGAUUUGGACACUUCAAGCACAACUGUUUUUAGCAAUAUAGAUACAGUUAGUGGAACAGACCGACAUCAGAAAGCCGCUGACAAAAACAUUCCUGAAUAUCGCUGUGAGAUUUGUAGAAAGACAUUCUCUUCAGAAGAUGAAGUCGUCACACACAAAGAAAUACACAAGAAGGAAAAACUGUUCCAUUGUGAUAUCUGUGGGAAAGCUUUCACCCGGAAUUCUCAUGUUGUAGUUCACAAACGUAGUCACACGGGAGAAAAACCAUUCCAUUGCGAAAUAUGUGAGAAGUCUUUUGUUUCUAAUAGCGUCCUAGCAACACACAAACGGAUCCACACGGGAGAGAAACCCUAUCAUUGUGAAAUCUGCGGGAAAUCUUUUGUCUCAAAUAGUGAUUUAACGAUCCACAAACGGAUCCAUAGUGGGGAAAAGCCGUAUCACUGUGAAAUCUGUGGGAAAAGAUUUGUUAAUAAUAGUAAUUUAACGACGCACAGAAGUAUUCACGUUGGGGAAUCGCCCUAUUAUUGUGAAAUAUGUAGGAAAUAUUUCGUGAAGAGUAGUAAUUUAACGAGACAUAAACGAAUUCACUCUGGAGAAAAACCGUUCCACUGUGACAUAUGUGAGAAAUCUUUCUCUGAUAAAUCUAGUCUUGCGUUCCAUGAAAGACAACACUCUGGAGAAAAACCAUAUCGUUGUGAAAUUUGUUCAAAAUCGUUCUCUCAGAAAUCUAGGCUUGUAGUUCAUGAAAGACUACACACAGGAAUAAAACCUUAUCAUUGUCAAAUAUGUGAAAAAUAUUUUGUCUCAAAUAUUGGUCUCAAAAAACACUUAAGAAUACACACGGGGGUAAACCCUUUCAGCUGCGAAAUAUGUGGAAAGUCUUUCACGCAAAAUUCUAGUCUUCAAAUACACAAGCUUAAUCACAUAGGAGAAAAACCUUUUCAUUGUGAUAUAUGUGGGAAGUCUUUCAGUCAAAAUUCUAGCCUUCAUAUCCACAAACGUAGUCACACUGGGGUAAAGCCUUAUCGCUGUGACAUAUGUGGGAAGUCUUUCACGCAAAAUUCUAGCCUUCAUAUCCACAAACGUAGUCACACGGGAGAGAAACCUUACCAUUGCGAAAUCUGUGGGACAUGGUUUGUGUCUAGCAGUGACUUAACAAGGCACAUACGGAUCCACACGGGGGAAAAACCUUUUCACUGUGAAGUCUGUGGAAAAUCCUUUUCUCAGAGUUCUAGUGUUGUUAUCCACAAACGAAGCCACACGGGACGAAAGACAUUAUUAUCGUAAAAAAUGGAGGAAAUUGUUUGUCAGGUGUAGCAAAAUGGCAAAACACAAAAGGGUUCACCCUGGAUGGAAACAUUUUCAGUUGUAAAACAUAAUAAAUGCAUUUUUUUUUGAGAACAUUUUAUGAUAAUGAAAUUGUGUUAGAAAUCAUUUUCUUUAUCUGAAAUAAGAUCUGUUCACCGUUCUGUUUUGUAGAGGCACAUGGCCUAGCGGUUAGAGCAGCGGACUCGCGGUCGAGGGAUCACGGGUUCGAAUCUCAGACCAGACGAUGUGUGUGUGUUUAUGAGCGAAACACCUAAG